CGGAAUCAAACCAUCAUCCGUCAUCGCCGGGCAAUUCUGAAGCCAGAAUACAGAACACCCGGAAGAGAAAGCAACCGUACCCGACUCACCUUCGACCCACCCCUCAAGGUUGCCGCGCCAUUCGCGACUCCGUCCUUUCUCACCAUGGCUUCUCGCCGGAGUCUGUCAAGUAUCGCCGGGGGAGACCAAGUAUGUGCCCAGAUGACGAUGACGGCAAUUCCCAAAAACAGCUUGGAAUCAUCUGGAGCACCGCUGGACAGCGAGGAAGCGGAAGAGAGCGUUUUGGAUGGUCUACUGAGGUUAAUUCCUCGAGAGCAUUCUCCAAUCUGAAAUCUGCUUUCCCCCACUUGGGAAGAUGUGAGCUCUUGUUUCGUUUUCGUUAUCUCUUUGUUGGUUGUUUCCUUGGCUGCCCUGGUACUGAAAACUGGACAAAAAGUUUUCGUCUUUCCUGUGUGAGGUAUGUAGAUGUUUAAUGGGAAUGUGGUGUUUGUCUCUGUAUUGUUAAAGGUGCUUGCUGCUGAACCAAGUAGACUUCCUGCAUUAGAAACUUGUUGAGCUGUUUGCAGGAGAGAAAAUGCAAAUUGUGCUUGGAAUAUUUGCGAAAUCUAUCAGUUGACGAAAUAAAAAGCUGAGCUCUCUCAAAGGAAUUGACCCCAAAACUGUAAGUUUCUCAGUUAAUAGUCCCUUUAUGGUUAUUAUUUAAAGAGGAAGUAUCAGUUAGCUGCUUUAAUUGUUUGGAAUAAGUAUUCUGUUUAGCAAACAAGUUGGUUGUGUUAGGCGCCACUGUUCCCUCCUGGAACAGAGUUGAUAAGUUCAACAGGGCACCUAGUCGUGUAUGGUUCACUUGGAUCAAGAUGAGUGGAGAGGUUGGUUUCAUUCUCAAUGAUGGACAUUGGAUUGUCUUCCGUGGUAUUCACGAGGUUGAAUCUUUUGGAAUGUGGAAUUGUUGAAAAUGGUGAAUAGUUCCUUGUCACAUAUUGGGAUCGGUAUCCAUCAUUGUGAAUCACAUUAGUUCCAGGGAUAAGAUUCAUUGUUAGAAGACAACGAAGUUCGGAGCUGCUUAGAAUUUCCCUGCACAUUUGAGUUCCCUGCAAUCGAUUUAUCAAGUUAAUGUUCUUGAUAGGGAUGUCUCUAACACAUGAAGGUGUGGCCAGAACGAACCUCAACCUUUGGUUUAUUCAUUGCCAUGGAAAUAAAAUUAGCGCUAGUUCCUUUAUUUCUAGGUGCCUCAUAGAAAACAAGUCACCAUUCUUCAAAUGGUUGCAGUAGUGGAGUUUAGUUUAUUGAUUGCACCUGUACUUUCUGGCUAAAAAUGCCAUUUUGGUAUUUCUCUGUCAGAGACAAGUACUUAGAAAUAGCUGGUUGACUUGAACUUCGGUUUGGCAUUGUCGACAUAUGUUUUUGUAACUGUACCUUUUGAACCCAGGCAGUUAUCUUGCCUUCCCCCUUUUACCUUAUCAUAUUACCUUUUCUCGUAUUCCUUCAUUGGCAAGUUCUCUAUAACCUCCAUGUUAAUCAGUCCUUUACCUUGCUAUAUGUUGUUCUACUUAUUGCUUGGAAAUUUAUGCGAGGUGAAUAAAUUGGCAGGUAGCUUGUGUUCUAAUGUUCAAUCUUCGGACGAUGAUUUCCCAGUGGACACAUGUGAGCUCCAGUCCUGUAUACUUAAGAUUUAACAGGUUGUGUAAAUCGAUUUUUCUGAGUGGUGUUCUGACCUAUCCAUAUAUGCGCAUAAUGUCUAUGUUUAGGUGCUUGAGAUUGCAAAGGUCAUUGGUUGCAUACCAGGUGAGGUAGACCGGAAUAAGAGAUGUACAUCCAUCUUAAUCAAAGGAUCCCUGAUGAACUGAAAUUUGAUUGUAAUUGCCUUCUUACACACACGGUUAGCUUUGUCAAAGAUGCACCAAGAAAGUGAGCAACGUUAAAAAGAAGGAUUCCCAUGAGGGCUCAUGUCCUCUUUUAGCUUAUUGCAGCAACUUUCCUGUAGCUACAACAGAUAAGUGAGAUAAUUGAAUUUUCAUAUAACAUAUGUCAUUCAGUUGUUUCGUUGACAGAUAGAGUGAGUAUUUCCUUUCAGUGUGCAUUACUUGUUGAAAUCCUUGGUUUACUUUCUAGAUUAAAGACUUACCCUGCCAAAACUAUUAGAAUAAGAGAACAGUGGAGUACAUGUAGAAAUAUAGAAUAUCAAUCGAAGUUUGGGUUAGGGCAAGAUAGGAUCCUGCUGUUUCUAUAUUUUCAUUGCUUAGAUCCAACUGAACAUUCUUUACAUGCCAGAAAACCAAGGACUCUUUGAUGUUUGAGGUAAUAAUUUAAAGACUGGGAUAGAAGGGGUUUUAUGAGUGAUAUUCCAUUUAGAUGAGUUGACGAAUAUUGUAUAAUAUCACAAUCCAAGAGCCCGACAAAACCACUAAGGUUAAUUGUGCAAUGACUAUAACUUGGUGUUUUGUCAAAGUUUGCUAGAGUAAUAGUGAAGACUUUCGUGAAGCUAUUAGAUAUAUGCUCAUGGGAAUACAACAUUGUGCUAGCUUUAUGUAAAAAGAUAUAUAGUGAUAGACACAGAUCUUGUUGAUGUCGCUUUUGAUAGUAGAUAUGCUAUCAUCACUUUCCACUUAUGUUAUUCCUUAGUUGAGCAACUAAUAGGUAUCUUGAUCUCUUCAGCAGCAUGAAGCUUUAGGAACUGUUACAAAAAGGUAUUAUUAAACAAGCAUUUGAUACUGGAAAAUGGCCAUAAUAGCUGAUGGCAGCAGUGUUCGGUGGAAAUUGUUUUCAGAUUAGUGGCAUCCUAGCUAGAAAGUCCUCACCACUUUGACUUCCAGGAUCACCUCAAAUUUGUAGAGGGCAUAUCUCCUUGAGCUAUGUACAUGCUCAUCCAUUUGCUCAUGUUGUACAGAAACACUGAAAAGAGUAAUGUCUUGGAGGACUUUGUGGAUUGUUCCUCGAUGUGGAAAGAUGAAUACAUACCUAGUGACAUUUUAUAUGAUCAUUAGUAUUAAUAUAUACAACUACAAGUUGCCUGACAGCCAUUAUCUGAAUUAUCUUUGUCAUUUAGGUGUCUUCCUCCAUAACUUUAUGCUGUUCAUGCACCAAAUGUUUGCUUUUACAGCCGUGAUUUGCGUCAUGUGAUCCAAGUCUGUUUUCUAUUUAUGGCAUAGACUGAUUUUCUCAGUGGAGAUAUAACAAAACUUCAGUUGAAUUGUAUUAUAAAGACAGUGCAGUGCUUUUGUCCUCUUGGUAUUUGGGAUCAAGUUAGUUGCUUGGAUUGCUCAUGGAGGUGAAGCUGUUGAAGCUAUUUGGCUUUGAGGUGAAUCCUCACAUUAAGGAUGAGAAACAGAGCAAGGAAUCUGCAAGCUGCGAAGUCUUGCCUGCUAUUUCGAAACAUGCAGAAGAAGGAAGAAUGGUAUGUGAAGCAGAGAAGAAGAAGAAGUUUGAAUGCCAGUUUUGCUUCAAGGAGUUCAGAAAUUCGCAAGCCUUAGGAGGUCACCAGAAUGCUCACAAAAAGGAGAGACUGAAGAAGAGAAGAAUGCAUCAACAGGACUCCAACUUACACUUCGAGCCCCUGCAGAGUCAUUCCAAUCUCAUGUACUAUCAGUAUCUUCCAUGGUUCGAUCCUUUCUCUUUCGCUCCCGGCAAGGAGCCACUGAUUAGCUUCAACUCGACAACAUGUCAGAACCAGAGUUCACUCAGUGGUACGUUAUCGCAUCUUUCUGAAUCUGUUGAUAUUAUCCCUGGAAGUAGCAACAGAUCCGUGAUCGUGAGGCCUUCCCCAUCAUACGUUUCGAAAGAUUCUCAGCGUCUUUAUGUUCAACUAGGCCUUGCAACGCAGCCAGGUACCAGCAGCUCAUCUGGAAAUGGCUUGUAAUUUUGUGCUGGUGUUGGAAACAUGAAAGCUUGUGAAUUUCCUGCAUGUGUUUCAUUCUACUCAUGUCCAUUGUGGUUAACAAAUUAGAUUACAUCUU